UCUCAACUUCUCAACUUACAUUAGAUCAUCGCCAUAAGACUCACUCUGUGGAGUCUUGAAAAUAUCCUGAUUCCCGCUAUGUAUCUGCUUCACUCUUCUUCUUCUUCUUCUCAUUUCUCCACUGUUCGAUGGGCUCCUUCUCCUCGUCGUCUCUCUGCAACUCUACGCAAUCGAUACUGCAACGUAAGGUCCUGUCUGCCAUUGCCGAUGCAGAAUGCCAAGUAUCGGCGAGAGCUUCUAGCAGCUGUAGAUGUGGUGCACAGGGCUUGUCGUCUCUGCGUUGACGUGAAAUCGUCGCUUCUAUCGACUGAUGGACAAAUUUUGGAAAAGAAUGAUCAAACUCCAGUCACUGUUGCCGAUUUUGGUGUUCAGGCGCUAGUCAGUUUGGAGUUGGGUACUCUAUUUCCAUCGAUUCCAUUGGUAGCUGAGGAGGAUUCUACAUUUUUACGUUCAAAUAAUUUGGCACAUUCAGUACUCAAAGUAGUAACUCAUAAGUCAAGUUCUCAAAAUGAAUUGACUCAGGAUGAUGUGCUGGAAGCAAUUGACAGGGGAGCUAAUGCUGCCUUUGCUUUCGGAAGUAAGCCAGCCACAUAUUGGGUAUUAGAUCCAAUUGAUGGUACACGAGGAUUUCUAAAAGGAAAUGAUGUCCUAUAUGUGGUAGGUUUGGCCCUUGUGAUUGAAGGAGAGAUUGUAUUAGGUGUUAUGGGAUGCCCCAACUGGCACGGAGAUUUGUCUGAAAAGUCAAACUCUGAAGAUCUUGAACGUGGAGGUGUCUGGUCCAGAUCAGGAACCAUAAUGAUUGCUCAUGCUGGAUACGGAACAUGGACAAAGAGAUUAUCAGAUAUGCAGAGCCUGAGCAAAGUAUUUCACAAUUGGGCUAGAUGCUUUGUUGAUGACUACCGACUUGUGCAUGAGGCACGCUUCUGUAUUCCAGAUAGCCAAACAUGGGAAUCGCUUCCCCCAUCUACUUUUUUCCAGGCAACGACUAAUGCCGAUCAAGUUGGGGAAGGUCAAAUUCUCCUUCUCCGAACAUGUUGUGGAAGUUUGUGCAAGUAUUUCAUGGUGGCUUCUGGUAGGGCAUCUGUUUUCAUUCUUCGAGCAAAAUCUCAAACUAUUAUCAAGGCUUGGGAUCAUGCAGUUGGCAUGAUUUGUGUGCAUGAAGCAGGAGGGAAGGUGACUGACUGGCAAGGCAGUGACAUUGAUCUUGCUGCUGAUCAAGCUGGCCGCAGGACUUUAUCCCCUUCAGGUGGCGUUCUUGUCACUAAUGGUCGCCUACACGAUCUUAUUAUUGAUAUGACUGCAUCCACUUCAUCAAUUCUUUGAUGCUGAGACAACCUAUCACCUAAAUUUGGUAAGGCAUGCCAUCUUCUCUCCAAAUACCCUUACUUUUCUUAUCCACCUGAAUCUUCCAGGUUUGAAGUACCUUCCAAAUUAAGGGUAUUGCUAGUUUGGGAAUAAUAAAAAUUCAGUUCCUUAAACUUAAAACUUUGGCCAAAAUACGAUCAAGUAAAAAGGAUCAACUGAUUUACAGUUGUCCAAGUGGACGGCUGAACAAUUAUUGGGUACCCUGACACUUUAACUAACCAUGGACUAUGACAAUAGAUGGUGGUUGAUUGAUUCAUUCUUUUACGUUCCUGCAAAAACUUAGACGUUUCCACCUGAUUGUUUAAUAUUUGAAUGUUGUCUGGUUGAUCGGUAUUAGAAUCCGUGUGUGUGGCACACAUGUACUUGAUCCUUUUUUUCGUUUAUUGAUUGAGCACGUUCAAUCUGUAGUUUAGGCAUCCUGCCAAACACUCUCUGUGUUUCUCUGUGAAUUCUUGAUUUUGUUUAUUUGUGCAAAAAGAUAUUACAUUUUUGUCUCAGUUAUUAAGUCUGCACAGAAGUUAUUCGUUUU